ACAAUCUGGACAUGGCCCUCCAAUGGUGACUCUUCCUACGACAGACUCAUCAUAUCUUGACCUACUUUAGCCAUUGGCACAAAGAAAAAUUUACUUUCUUCCUUUGAUCUAACGUUCAACUCAAUUGUAUCACACAGCUCAAAAUGAAGACUUCAGUUUUCCGAAUCGCUCAAGGGACCGCUGCAGGCCUUCAAAGACGAGCGUAUUCACAGGCUACGACACCUAGGCAUCUCAUGACAAUUGCUGAUCUUACUCCUAAUGAGUUUGCCAACCUUGUUCGUGACGCCAACACUCGAAAAAUAGCUGUCAAGGGUGGAGCUCCCGCCAGCUAUCUCAAUGCCGGUCUUGCUGGUAAGACUAUUGCUAUGAUGUUCAGCAAGCGCAGCACCCGUACUCGAGUUUCCACUGAAGCCGCUGUGACUAUGCUUGGUGGCCAUCCCAUGUUUCUCGGGAAAGAUGAUAUUCAGCUUGGUGUGAAUGAGUCGCUGUACGACACUUCAGUUGUCAUCUCUUCUAUGACCUCCUGUAUGGUCGCUCGAGUUGGGCCUCACUCUGAUGUCGCUAAUCUUGCUAAGCACUCAAGUGUUCCUGUCAUCAACGCUCUGUCUGAUGACUUCCAUCCUCUCCAGACGAUUGCUGACUUCCUCACUCUUCAUGAAACUUUCCCAUCAGCAAGCGCCAAAGGAGCUACCCUGGGCCUCAAUGGCCUCAAGGUCGCCUGGGUCGGCGAUGCCAACAAUGUUCUGUUCGAUCUCGCCAUCGGUUGUGUCAAGAUGGGUGUUGACAUCUCAGUUGCCGCCCCUAAGGGUUAUGAGAUCCCUGAUGACAUGAGGCAGCUCAUCAGUUCCGCCGCUGACGGCGUGUCCUCACCCGGCAAGCUUUUUGAGACUAACGUCCCUGAGGAGGCUGUUAAGGAUGCCAAUGUCCUGGUGACUGAUACAUGGGUUUCCAUGGGCCAGGAAGCUGACACUCAGAAGCGCCUCAAGGACUUUGCUGGUUUCCAGAUUACCAAUGACCUUGCAAAGCGAGGAGGUGCAAAGUCGGACUGGAAGUUCAUGCACUGCCUACCUCGACACCCUGAGGAGGUUGCCGAUGAGGUCUUCUACAGCCCCCGCUCUCUGGUAUUUCCCGAGGCCGAGAACCGUCUCUGGGCCGCUGUUUCUGCCUUGGAAGGCUUUGUCGUCAACAAAGGCAAGUUCUAAAGUAUGGUGAGAAGACAGAUUACGAAAGGAUACGGUAUCAUUUGCUAGCUACACUGGACAGGAGGUGGAGCAUUGGCGCACGAACAAUAAAAAUAGUCUUUGGAAUUAAAUCAAUUAAAUCAGAU